AUGGUUCUCCACCUAGACACCGGCGACGGCUUGAAGGUCAUUAUGUCCACGAGGACACACGGAAUGUUGAGCGCUCGUAACUUUGGCUUAAUUCUUGCCCUCUGCGUUAUUAUCCGGGUAUUGCCUGACCUAACUUUUGAAUAUAAGGAUACUCUUUGUCCGUAUUCGCAUGUGGAACGCAGAUUCAAGGCUUCAGAAGCGUUCUUCCUAGAAAAGCAUGUGGUCAACGCUCCUUUCAUACGUCGUUCUCGAGCGAACCGAUAUUUCGCUGGUAGAGUUCAGUACAGCGCGAACGGCGCGAGUAUCUUCCAAAUACAACGGGACCUCCUCGUCUGCGGCGAUAUAUCGUCUAACCCUGGCCCUGCGAAAGGCAAAGAUAAGCCCAAGUUUCCAUGCGGCGAGUGUAGUAAGCCAGUGAGAAAGAACCAAGACGCCAUUUUGUGCUCGUCUUGUGAUACUUGGUCCCACGCAAAAUGUCUCAAAUUAACCGUUACCGGGUUCAAAUACUACCUACAACAUCCCGACUUGGAAUGGACAUGUGCUUUCUGCUCUCUGCCUAAACUAUCGGACUCCUUCUUUAAAGAAACUGGCUCAUUUACUUUGAACGAGAGCAACUGUAAAAACGAGAAGUGCGAAGUCGAAUCGGUCGAUACCGACGAAGUCCUAGCCAAGAUAAAGACAUUAGAAUUGAGCACAGAAAAGAAUGUGUUAUUGCCUGCCUGUGAAAGCACACCAUUAUUGUAGCUAAGUGUAUUUUCACAAUAAACUCUUAUUGUAUUGUAUUAAAAAAAGCAAAAGGUUUAAGUGAAGAAGAAUUUGAGGAGUGGUUAUUGGAACAUCGAUGUGACAUUAACUUUGCUGGUAGCUCACCAGCAAUGGAGUGUGAAGGAGCUGUAG